UCUUUGACUCGCGUGCGCCCGCUUGGUACGCUCGAGGCCUCAAGCGCAUCGGUUUCUCGGCCUCAUGGCCGGGCUGACCCUGUUUGUGGGCCGCCUCCCGCCCUCCGCCCGCAGCGAGCAGCUGGAGGAGCUGUUCAGUCAGGUGGGGCCGGUGAAGCAGUGCUUCGUGGUGACUGAGAAAGGGAGUAAGGCAUGUCGAGGCUUUGGCUAUGUCACGUUUUCUAUGCUGGAAGAUGUUCAGCGGGCCCUCAAGGAGAUUACUACCUUUGAAGGCUGCAAGAUCAAUGUGACUGUUGCUAAGAAAAAGCUGAGGAACAAGUCCAAGGACAAGGAGAAAAAUGAAAAAUCAGAGUCCCUAAAGAAGGAGCUGAAGCCUAAAAAAGCCAAAGUGGCAGAUAAGAAAGCCAGGUUAAUUAUUCGGAACCUGAGCUUUAAGUGUUCAGAAGAUGACUUGAAGACAGUAUUUGCUCAGUUUGGAGCUGUCCUGGAAGUAAACAUCCCUAGGAAACCAGAUGGAAAGAUGCGUGGUUUUGCUUUUGUUCAGUUCAAAAACCUCCUAGAAGCAGGAAAAGCUCUGAAAAGCAUGAACAUGAAAGAGAUAAAAGGGCGGACAGUGGCUGUGGAUUGGGCCGUGGCAAAGGAUAAAUAUAAAAAUACACAAUCUGCCUCUGCCCCAGGUGAGGGGAAGAGGCCUGAACCUAAACAUCAGAAAUUAGGUAAAGAGAAUGGCAGGGAAGAAGAGAAUAUGGGAGAAGAGGAGGAGGAGGAGGGGGAGGAGGAUGAUGAUAUGGAAGAGGAAGAGGAUGAUGAUGAUGAAGAAGAGGAGGAAGAGAAUAAAGAAUCAAAGGUGAUGAAGACUGUGCAGAUUCAGAAGAGAGCAGUCAAGAGGGCAGCACCUGCAGAAAGCAGUGAAGAGGAGCAUUCCUAUGAUGACAGCGACCUGGAGGAAACAGAUAGUAUUGAUGGUGGAGAGGAACUGGCACAGAGUGAUACCAACACUGAAGAGCAAGAGGAUGAAGAUGUAAAAGUCUCAAAGAAAAAGAAGAGGAAACUACCGUCUGACGUGAAUGAAGGGAAAACUGUUUUUAUCAGAAACCUGUCCUUUGACUCAGAUGAAGAAGAACUUGGGGAGCUCCUCCAGCAAUUUGGAGAUCUUAAAUAUGUCCGCAUUGUCUUGCAUCCAGACACAGAGCAUUCUAAAGGUUGUGCAUUUGCUCAGUUCAUGACUCAAGAAGCAGCUCAGAAAUGCCUUGAAGCUGCUUCUCCAGAGACUGAGGGUGGUGGACUUAAACUGGAUGGCCGGCAGCUCAAGGUUGACUUGGCAGUGACCCGUGAUGAGGCUGCAAAGCUCCAGACAAAGAAAGUGAAGAAGCCGACUGGAACCCGGAACCUCUACCUGGCCCGGGAAGGCUUGAUUCGUGCUGGGACGAAGGCUGCAGAGGGUGUGAGCACUGCUGAUAUGGCUAAAAGAGAACGAUUUGAGCUACUGAAACAUCAGAAACUGAAGGACCAGAAUAUCUUUGUCUCCCAGACCAGGCUCUGCCUGCACAAUCUCCCAAAGGCUGUGGAUGACAAACAGCUGAGAAAGCUGCUGCUGAAUGCCACUCGAGGGGAGAGAGGGGUGCACAUCAAGGAGUGUAGGGUGAUGCGAGACCUUAAAGGAGUUCACGGGAAAAUUAAGGGUCAGUCCCUGGGCUACGCCUUUGCAGAGUUCCAGGAGCACGAGCACGCCCUGACGGCCCUACGCCACAUAAACAACAAUCCAGAAAUCUUUGGGCCUCAGAAGCGACCAAUAGUGGAGUUCUCUUUGGAAGAUCGAAGGAAACUCAAAAUAAAGGAACUGAGGAUCCAGCGCAGCCUGCAAAAAGUGAAGUCCAAGUCCACAACUGGUCAGCCCCAGCAGGACCAACCAGAGCUUGGAAAAGACCAGCAAUGGAAAGCAGCUCAAAACCAUAGCCAGGAACCAAGCAAGGCUCCCCUGGAGCAGAAAGGGAAGGCAGGCUCUAUCUCGUGGACAGGGUUCCAGACCAAGGCUGAAGUGGAGCAGGUGGAGCUGCCUGAUGGAAAGAAGAGAAGAAAGGUCCUGGUGCUCCCCUCACACCGAGGCCCCAAAAUUAGGUUGCGGGACAAAGGCAAAGUGAAAUCUGUCCCUGCCAAAAAGCCAAAGCCCCAGAUAAACCAGUGGAAACAAGAGAAGCAGAAAUUAUCUUCCAAGCAGGUACCUAGGAAAAAAGCUAAAGGAAAUAAGACAGAAAUCCGCUUCAACCAGCUGGUUGAACAAUAUAAGCAGAAAUUAUUGGGACCUUCUAAAGGAGCACCUCUUGCAAAGAGGAGCAAAUGGUUUGACAGUUGAUGAUGGCAACAGACUGGAUAAGAAGCUGGGUUGUGUACUUCUUGGUAAAGCUCCCAGGCUCCCCCCUCACCCCCUAAUGGCAUUUACUGAGGGUAAGAAACCCCUUGAGUGCAUUGCCACUUUGUUGGGAGGCCCCCUGGGCUGUGCACAUCUGAACUUUGGUCCCUCCGUGGUGCGUGGUUAGUUAACCACAAAGAGAAAUCUCAGAAGAAUGUUGUGAUGCUUCUUGCAUAUUAUCCAGAUUAUUGUUGAAGUUGUGUCUGUAAUUAUUACCCAUUUUAGUUCUUUGUUUCUCAGAUAAAAACAAUUGUAAAAAGCAUUCUUGAGGGCUGAAUUUUUAAGAUGUAUAUUUUGUUAAGUGUCUCCUCUAAAUGAGAUGUUUUGUGGCUUUUUGAAUAACAAACUAUCUCUCAUUUCUAA